GGUAACUGCUUGUCACGUGAUGCGCCAUCGUCACGGAGAGAAGCAACAUGGCGGCGGACUCCGUGCUUAAGGUGAUUUUUGAGCUUGACGGAGUUUUCAUCCAUCCGAACGCAGAUGAAGGAGGCACGGACCAGGACCUGCUGCUUUCCGGGUCCCUCCGGGUUGUAGACAAGGACGCUGAGAUUCUGGUGGAUUACCGACCUCUGGAGGACUCGGUGGACCCGUCCAACAUGCUGUGUGCAGGACAGGACUCCAGUUCAGUUGUGGAGUGGGCCCAGUCCCCCAGGGAGAAGUCCCAGUCCCACCAGCUGCUGGAGACGCAGCUGAGCUACGAGACGGAGUGGGACAUGGUGAAUGCCGUGUCCUUCAAGAAGAAGCCCUGCAUCAACGGAGAGGGCUCUCUGAGUCACAGCCAGGGCAGGAGCCGUCGGGCCUUCUCUGUCAGCAUCAAUGACAUCAGGUCCAUCACAGUGAAUGAUGAAGGUUGGACCUUCCUCAUCAUCCAGCUGAAGGAGCCCUCUGCCUCCCUCCCUGCCUUGCACUUCCACCAGGGCGGCAGCAGAGAGUUCCUGGACAGCCUGAGGAGGUUUGCUCUGCUCUCAGAGUCUCCUGACGAUGAAACGUGCCUACUGGUCAGCACUCCAAACAAAGCUCUGUCACAGUCCUUCGAGAACCUGCUGGACGACAACAGCUAUGGUCUUGUUCACAAGUUUAGACGUGAUCCAUACGUCGCCACGCUCGGCGGCUUCUCUAAGGUCACCAACUACCUUUUUGACGCUCUGCGGGGGACGGAGGAGCAGCAGCAGCGCCCCCCGGAGGAGGUUGCAGACCUGCUAGGUGAAGUCAUCCCGGGUCUGGAGAUCAACCAGCAGGAGGAACCGGGUUUCGAGGUCAUCACCAGGAUCGACCUGGGAGUGAGGCCUCAGGUGAGCCGCGGCGAGCCGCUGACUGCAGACGACUGGAGCAAACACCACGACGCCGAGGGGAGGCUGCAGGGCAUCGAGGAGCUACGGAACAAAAUCUUCAAGGGGGGCCUUUGUCACGCCACAAGGAAAGAAGCCUGGAAGUUCCUGUUGGGAUAUUUUCCUUGGAGCAGCACAUUGGAGGACAGGAAGAGUCUGCAGAGAGCCAAAACAGAUGAAUACUUCAGGAUGAAGCUGCAGUGGAAGUCAGUGAGUGAGGAGCAGGAGAGGAGGAACUCCAGACUGAGGGACUACAGGAGUCUGAUCGAGAAAGACGUGAACAGAACGGAUCGAACGAACCGGUUCUAUGAAGGUCUGAACAACCCGAGUCUUACCCUGCUGCACGACAUCUUGAUGACCUACUGCAUGUACGACUUUGACCUGGGUUACGUUCAGGGGAUGAGCGACCUGCUGUCUCCGAUCCUCUUCGUCAUGGAGAACGAGGUUGAUGCGUUCUGGUGUUUCGUAUCCUUCAUGGACCAGAUGCACCAGAACUUUGAGGAGCAGAUGCAGGGCAUGAAGACCCAGCUGAUCCAGCUCAGCACUCUGCUCCGACUGCUCGACUUGGCCUUCUGGAACUACCUGGAAUCUCAGGAGUCAGGUUAUCUGUACUUCUGCUUCCGGUGGCUGCUGAUCCGAUUCAAGAGGGAGCUGAACUUCCAGGAUGUCCUGCGGCUCUGGGAGGUGAUGUGGACCGGGCUGCCCUGUCAGAACUUCCACCUGCUGGUCUGCUGUGCCAUCCUGGACUCUGAGAAGCAGAAGAUCAUGGAGGAGAACUAUGGCUUCAACGAGAUCCUGAAGCACAUCAACGAGCUCUCCAUGAAACUCGACAUCGAGGAGAUUCUGCAGAAAGCUGAAGGCAUCUUCCUGCAGAUCAGAAGCUGCAAAGACUUGCCUCGCUCCGUCAGCACCAUCCUGAGUUUGAGCACCGAGUGCUAUGGUUCCAGCACAACGGAUCCUGGAUCGGCUGCAACUCUUCGUCCCGCUCAGCGGCAGGGUAUCUGCUCCAAUGGACUCUGCAGAGAAAACACACCUCAGAAUGGCUGUAGAGCAGAAUUCACAUCGUAG